UGUUCCAGCAGUACACUGCAAAUACACAAGGGACCUCGCUUAGAGAAAGCUGCUAUUCCGUUGAUAAUUAUUUGAACCAUCCUGUUCAUUGAAUAUUUGCUGAUGUAUUGACUUGUUUACUACUUGUUUACUACUAUUAGUUUUGAACAGUGAUCAGUGUCGUUUUCCUCUUCAAGGCCAACUAUCCGGCGUGUUAUGAUCCAGACUCCGAAACAGUCCCCUGUCUACUGUCCUGGUCAUACACGGCCGGUAGUUGACUUAUGCUAUAGUGGUGAAACAGAUUGUGGGCAUCUUUUCAUCACAGCUUCAAAAGAUGGUAAAGCAAUUUUACGCCAAGGUGAUACAGGAGAUUGGAUUGGAACAUUUUUAGGUCAUAAAGGAGCUGUCUGGUCGUGUGUUUUGGAUAAGAAUGCUACUAAGGCUGCUACAGGAGCGGCGGAUUUCACUGCCAAAAUAUGGGAUACAAACUCCGGCUCAGAACUCCUUUCCAUCACUCAAGAUCAUAUUGUCCGGUGUGUCGACUUGAGCAAGACUGAUUCUGGUGCAAAAUUACUCACCGCUAACAACUGGAAAAAGAUUUCUGUCUACGAUCUAACUUCCCCCGAAUCACCUAUAUCUAUAUUCGAGGGUCAUGAACAAAUAAUUCGUCGACUUCUAUGGUGUGGUGAAGAUAAACUUGCUGUGUCUGUAUCGGAGGACAAAACUAUUCGCUUGUGGGAUCUCCGAGAUAUUUCGAAACCGGCUGUAGUUCAGCAGAUUUGGUCCAAGGAAUUAUCAGAUCCAGUAAAUGAUAUUCAAUUCCAUAUCCCUUAUAAUGAAGAUCAAGUGAAAGCUGUAGUGGCUUGUGGCAACUCAAUCCAAACUUAUACGUUUGACUGGCGUUAUACGAACUUGACAGAUGCACCUGAAGCUUUUCCAAAAUUCACUUUAUCUUGUCCAGUAAAUUCUGUUAGCUUGCAUCCAACUGAAAAAUUGCUUGUUUGUGGUGGUGAAGAUCAUAUAAUCUAUCGACUAAAUUCAGAGACUGGUGAAAUACUAGAAACAUGCAGGGGACAUUUUGGCCCACUGCGUUGUGUCAGAUUUUCUCCAGAUGGACACGUUUUUGCAAGUGGUAGUGAAGAUGGUACUGUUCGUUUGUGGCAAACUGUUGUUGGAAGUGACUUUGGAUUAUGGAGAUUGACUGUGCCAAGUGAACCUUCCGCAGUUAAUUGUUCAGAUUUAUCUAUAUCUUCGAAAGAGAACUGUAGCAGGAAUUUGGCUGAGGUAGCGGCUACUGGUGAUACUAUUAAUAGUUAAUCCUUAUGCAUAUAUUUUCAUUAUUAAAGCAAUAGAUUUCGGAGUCUUAACAAAAAUAUUAUUAUGGUUUAUACACUUCAUACCAUUCUGUUUAUCUUAUGAACAGUUUCAACCAUAAAUUACUUCUGAGAAAUAAGAGAAUUUUGUACAGCACUGAUUUCCACCAACGAUUUUGUCAGUAGUUAUAUAAACAGACUAUUUUUUGAUAAGAUACAAAAUUUAUUUACCUGGAGUUUGUUUUAUUCAUAUUAUAGAUCAUUAAAAUCGUUACUCAGU